AUGGCAGCGGCGGCGCUCGCUUCACACAAGCGUCCGGCGCCGGAGGAGGCCUCCCCCGUGGAGGCUGGCAAGAACAAGCGGCCGCGCUACCAGUUGGAGGACAUCGACGACUACGAGAUGCUCGAGGAGAUCGGAGAGGGCGUCUUCGGCGUGGUUGCAAAGGCGAGGGACCGCCGCACGCGUGAGAUCGUCGCCGUCAAGUGGUUCCGCGGCGAUGGCGAAGACCGCGCGACGGUCAUGCUCCCCGCGGUCAUGAUCGAGGCUGGCUGCCUCGCCGCGUGCCGCGGCCACCCCGGCGUCGUGCAGUUAAGGAGCGUCGCUACAGACGAGGCGACCGGGGACCUCUACAUCGUCAUGGAGCUCGUUGCCGGCCCCAGCCUCCGCAGCCAUCUCACGACGCGGCGGCCCUUCUCCGAGGACGAGACGCGCGACUCCAUGAGGCAGCUCCUGCGGGUGGCGGAGAAGCUGCACGCCAAGGGGAUGAUCCACCGCAACAUAAACCCCGACAACAUCCUCGUCGGCCCCGACGGCGCGCUCAAGGUUUGUGGUUUCGGAUGCACGACGCCGGAGAAGUGCGUCUGGAAACUGUGCCCGGAGAAGCCCGCGUGGACGUUGCAGUACUGCGCGCCAGAGCAGCUGAUAGGCUUCGGGUGCUACGGGCCCAAGGCGGACGUCUGGGCGCUUGGGUGCGUGAUGGCCGAGCUACUCACCGGCGAGCCCCUGUUAACGGCCACCACGGAGGACGAGAUGAUCGAGCAGAUGGAGGACGUGCAUGACGAAUUUGACAACAUGGGAGUGGAAGAAGCGUUCGAAGAGAUCGAUCUGUCUCUGGCUGGGCGUGAGGUCCUUGCUGGCUUGCUGGCCUUCGACUCCGACGAGAGGCUCACCGCGGCGGAUGCACUAAAGCACCGGUGGUUCACGGAGGUGGAUGUCGAGGCGAAGCCUCCUGCGGCCGUGGAAGAGGAGUCUUUGUGCCCUUGUUCUCAGAAUCAUAGCUAG